GAAAAGGGAAGUCAGGCUACUUCAGAGCGAGAACUCAACUCCUGCCUUUCAUUCGGGGCUGGUUCAGCUGCAGUUCAUGUCGACUGCCCAGAGUCCAUGAACUAGCGAACCCACUUUGGAGAGAGAGAUUUUCACCCUGCUUUCCUCAUCUGCUCUUCUGGCUGAAAAGCCAUGGCCUACCACAGCUUCCUGCUUGAACCAAUCAGCUGCCACUCCUGGAAUAAGGAUAGAACCCAGCUGGCCAUCUGCCCCAACAACCAUGAGGUCCACAUCUACAAGAAAGCUGGAGAAAAGUGGAACAAGGUCCAUGAGCUGAAGGAGCACAACGGGCAGGUGACAGGCAUCGACUGGGCCCCCGAUAGCAACCGCAUCGUGACCUGUGGGACAGACCGGAACGCCUACGUGUGGACCCUGAAGGGCAAUGUCUGGAAACCCACCCUGGUUAUCCUGAGGAUCAACCGCGCUGCCCGCUGCGUGAAGUGGUCCCCCAAGGAGAACAAGUUUGCUGUGGGCAGUGGCUCCAGGGUCAUCUCCAUCUGCUAUUUCGAGCAGGAGAACGACUGGUGGGUUUGCAAGCACAUCAAGAAGCCCAUUCGCUCGACCGUCCUCAGCCUGGACUGGCACCCCAAUAAUGUCCUGCUGGCCGCCGGCGCCUGUGACUUCAAAUGCAGGAUUUUCUCGGCCUACAUUAAGGAAGUGGAGGAGAGGCCGUCCCCCACGCCGUGGGGCUCCAAGAUGCCCUUUGGGGAGCUGAUGUUUGAGUCGAGCAGCAGCUGUGGCUGGGUCCACAGCAUCUGCUUCGCUGAGAGCGGCAACCGUGUGGCGUGGGUCGGCCACGACAGCACCGUCUGCCUCUGGGACGCCAACAAGAAAAUGGCCAUCGCCUCGUUGUCUGUGGAGACUCUGCCGCUCCUAGCUGUCACCUUCAUUACCGAGAACAGCCUGGUGGCAGCGGGCCACGACUGCUACCCGAUGCUCUUCACCUAUGACGAGAGCCAGGGCUCGCUGACCUUUGGUGGGAAGCUGGAUGUCCCCAAGCAGAGCUCCCAGCGUGGCCUGACUGCUCGCGAGCGCUUCCAGAACCUGGAUAAGAAAGCCAGCACCGAGACCAACAACGUCAUUCUGGAAACGCUGCACAAGAACAGCAUCAGCCAGAUUUCCGUGAUUGCCGGUGGCAAAGCCAAGUGCUCCCAGUUCUGCACCACAGGAAUGGACGGGGGGCUGAGCAUUUGGGAUAUCAAGAGCCUGGAGUCCGCACUGAAGGAUCUCAAGAUCAAGUGACGGAGCCUGUGGGGAGAGGCCAUUUGCAGCACCGCCAGCCUCACUCUCUUAUUCCAAUUCUGCUUGCUUCUUUUUCUGUAAGAUGUUGAGUUUAGAUCGAGACACAUCUCCCCUGGAAGUGGUACAACUGCCUGGGCUCAAAGGCACUUGGGAGACUUGUCAGCUGAGGUAAAUUAAGUACAUAGAAAUUAAAGACUUCUUUAAAUUUUAAAAGAGUGCACCUAUGCUGGUCAUAAAUUGCUUAAAAGAAACAGAAAAUAAAGUGUCUUUUUCAUGUAAA